CGCUUUAGUAACAAUGCCGUUUACAUGAGACACGCUUUAAAAAAUAAUAUAUAUCUUUUAAUAUAAAUAAAAUUUUUGAUUUUGGAUUUGAAGUCUCAAGAUGAUCUCAAUUCAAACAAAGAUAUGUCUUCAUUGUAUCAGCAAAUCUGCAUUUUUUAUCAGUAAAAGUAUUUCAACAACUCCACGAAUUGUAGUCACUGGAUUAGGUCUUGUUUGCCCGCUAGGUGUUGGUGUCAAAUAUGCAUGGCCUAGACUUUUAAAUGGUGAAUGUGGUGUUUCUAUUCUACCUCAAGAAAAGUAUCGAGGUAUACCCUGUCAAGUUGCAGCAUUUGUUCCAAAGGGAUCAAAUCCAGGGGAGUUUACCUAUGAAAAUUUUCAAAAGUCUGAAGUUAGAAGUAUGUCUUUGGCCUCUAUGUAUGGUUUGACAGCUGCAAAAGAAGCUAUUGAAGAUGCUGGUUGGCAACCUACAAGUGAAAAUGAAAAAAAUUGUACAGGAGUAGCAAUAGGAACAGGUGUGAUUGAUUUAGAAGAAGUAACAGAUACAGGUUGCGGCCUCAGAGAUAAAGGUUAUCGUACAGUCAGCCCUCAUUUUGUAACAAAAACUUUAGUUAAUAUUCCUGCUGGAUAUAUCAGUAUGAAAUAUGAUUGUAGAGGUCCAAAUCAUGCUGUAUCUACUGCAUGUACAACUGGAGUCCAUGCAAUUGGAGAUGCUUUUAAUUUUCUUAGGAAAGGAGAUGCUUCUGUAAUGAUUUGUGGUAGUACAGAAGCUGCAAUAGGUCCGCUAUCUAUUGCAGCCUUUUCAAGAAUGAGAGCAUUAUCUACAAACUUUAAUUCUGAACCACAAAAAUCAUCUCGUCCGUUUGAUAAGAAGCGUGAUGGAUUUGUUAUGGGAGAGGGAGCUGGUGUUAUAAUUUUAGAAACUUUGGAGCAUGCCAAAAAAAGAAAUGCAAAAAUUUAUGCAGAAAUAUUAGGAUAUGGUUUAUCUGGUGAUGCUUAUCAUGUUACUGCACCCAGAGAAGAUGGUGGUGGUGCAUAUCGUUGCAUGAAUGCAGCUAUAAAUGAUACUCAUAUUGAUAAAGAGUCUAUAUUUUAUAUUAAUGCUCAUGCAACUUCCACUCCUCAGGGAGACAAUGCUGAAAUCACAGCAAUCAAAAGAUUAUUUGGCAAUCAUGCCGAAAAACUUGCUAUAUCUUCUACCAAAGGUGCCAUUGGACAUUUAUUAGGAGCUGCAGGAAGUGUAGAAGCUAUUUUUACCAUUUUAUCUUGCCACACAAGUACUGUUCCUCCAACUGUUAACCUAGAAGAACCAGAAGAUCAGUUUAAAACUUUAAAUUUUGUGCCAAAUAAAUCUCAGUCGUGGCCUCUAAUGGAAAAUUCUAAAUGCAAUCAAAGAAUUGCUUUAACCAAUUCUUUUGGUUUUGGUGGUACUAAUGCAUCAUUGGUAAUUAGUAAUUUUAUUUAAUGAAAAUAUUAAUAUAUUGUAUAUA